AUGGAAAGCUACAAUCCUUCUGAGGAUCCAGGGCCAUCUUUCUGCAUUGGGCACCAUGAGCACAACAGACUGGUUACUGUGACCCCUCGAGUCAUUCAAAACGUACACGAAAGCAAUUAUGAUAUGAUGACUGUCCCGAUCACGACUUCCCAUUUCCAUUCGCGGGUUCUUGGCCUAUUGUCCUCUUAUUUGGCCAAUCUGGAAUCCCCAACUUACGAUGUUGUUGGAACCAUGGGUACUACCCAGAACACUCGGCCUAUAGUGGUUCCGCCGCUCUCAAAGGCCGACUCGUAUCUCACCCCGAAUGAAGCAACCAGUCAAUUGGUUGGUGUUAUCAGUAGCUGGAUUGAUCUUUGCUCACCGGACCCGUUAAUUGCAGAUUUGUCCCGGCAAGUUCUGAUGUUGGAAGUUGCGUAUGCUGCGUUUUGCGGAAUUGGAUAUCUUUUGAUUCCUGGCCCGAAGUUGCAUCAUGGUUCCUUGCAUGCCGAGGGUGUUAUCUAUUAUGCGCGCGCGAUUCAAGAUGCCUUAGACCUCGGUCCCUACAUCCAGUUCCAUAUUUGGCAGCAGAUGGUUGACAACCCAGAGGCCGAAGUUGAUACUAUGGGCGACUUGGCCCCGCUUGCUCGGGCAGAAUACCUGGCGCCCGAUGAGGGAGCUCCACUCAAGGUUGAUCCGUUUGGUACCUGGGAAGCCUGGGAUUCAAUCAGAAAGACUUGCAAAUACCACACAAGACUGCUCGUUGCCCUUUCUAUGCCGAAGCAAUUGCCGUCCCUGUAUGUGCAAUCCCGAUGGCAUUCAGAACCAGUGCGUUUAUUGACGAUUGAUGGCUCCACGUUCCUGAAGAACCAGAAAGGAUACCCAGUCUUGUCCAAGGCACACCAAGGUCUGAUUGCGAAGAUGAUGCGUCUUCGAACUGCGCCGUGGAUUAUCCUUUGUGGCGUUGGUCCUAUUCCUGGGCUUGAGAAUACCGAAGACCCUGAUACCAACAAGGCUUCGAUCUCUGGGUCUGACUAUCCAAGUCUGUCACAGGCUGGCAAGAAGCACCACGACCCCACUCCCCACCUCUCGUAUAUUCGCAAUCUGCAGCAGCGCCAGCCACCGCGGACAGCGAUUGAGAGAUUCGGUGUGGGAUACCAGGACUAUCUACAGGCUCCUCUACAGCCGCUGACAGUCAACCUGGAGAGUAUCACAUAUGAAGUAUUUGAAAAGGACCCUAUCAAAUAUGAGUGGUAUGAGAAGGCAAUUUGUAAGGCCUUGAGAGACUGGGCGGACCAGAAAAAGGCCACGUCUCACCCAGAUGGAAAAGUGAUUGUUGCCGUUGUAGGAGCUGGUCGCGGUCCACUAGUCACUCGCGCGCUAAAGGCUAGCGCAGAUGCUGGAGUGGAGAUUGAUAUUUGGGCUGUGGAGAAGAACCAGAACGCGUUUGUGUUGCUUCAGCGACACAACGACACAAUCUGGGGUGGCAAGGUCACCCUGGUCCAGUCAGAUAUGCGAAGCUGGAAAGGACCUCUUGUCUCGAAGAAGGGGGCAUCUGAAAGUUCUGAGACCCAGGGUUCGGCCAUGUGCCACACCCAUGUUGAUAUCCUCGUCUCGGAGCUGUUGGGCUCCUUUGCGGACAAUGAGCUUUCUCCGGAGUGUUUGGAUGGUGUGAACGACGUGAUCAACCCCGUCCACGGCAUUUCAAUUCCAGCCUCAUAUUCGGCACAUUUCACUCCGGUUUCCGCCCCCAAAUUGCAUGCUGAUGUUGUGCACCAGACGGUGUCCAACCCGGCCGCCCCAGAGACCCCAUACGUCGUGAUGCUUCACGCCAUUGACUUCCUCUCUACGACCGGUACGCCUGCUGGUGGUGAAACCUCCAACCCUAACAAUGUAGCUAGGGCAUCUACCCCGUCGUCGUCAUUCUCCACCACUGAAUUCCCCACUCCCUUUGUGCAGACUGCCUGGUCUUUCUCUCACCCGAACCGACACAUUCCUCCCCAGUCUGCCAUGCAGUCGACCAUCUCGAAUGCCCACAAUGUGCGCCAAACACGCCUAGCCUUCCCUUCCCAGAACCGAGGUGUGUGCCACGGUCUCGCCGGCUACUUUGAAACAGUUCUCUACGGCGAUGUGGAGUUGUCUACCAAUCCAGUGACCAUGGAUGCCAAGAGUGCAAGCAUGAUCAGCUGGUUCCCCAUCUACUUUCCCUUGAAGACCCCACUUAGUGUGCCCGAAAAUGGCGAGAUUGUUGCCACAAUGUACCGUCAAACCGAUGAUCGGAAGGUCUGGUAUGAAUGGAUGGUUGAGGUUUAUGCCCUUGAACCUACUGCAGCUACUGUCAAACCCACUCCUAUCAGCUAUGCGCAGGCUGGCUCUCCCAGUGUGGAAAACCUGAAAACUAAGGGAAAUGCGAAGCCAAGCUCCCGUCCUGGCUAUCGCCGUGUGCGGGUGGGCAUGAGCGACUUGCACUCUAGCAUCAAGGAUGAUCUCGCCGCAAUGGGUGUUGAAAUAUUUCCCUACAUAUUCGGGCCGAAUGUUUCGACCACCGAACUGACCCAAUUCAACUUCUGGGUCCAGUAUGCCGCCGCGGCAUACUAUCUCGACGUCUAUAAGGCUCAAGUGGGCGCCAAGAUCCUCUGUUCGAAAGGCAACUGUCCCCUAGUGGAGCAAGCGGACUCGACUGUAUUCUAUGACUUCUCCGACACCACCAUCACCGAUACCGCUGGCUUCAUCGCAGUCGAUCACACCAACGCAGCAAUCGUCCUCUCCUUCCGCGGCUCGUACUCAAUCCGCAACUGGCUCACCGAUGUCUCAUUCCUAUUCACAGACCCCGAUCUCUGCAAGGGCUGCUUGGCCGAACUCGGCUUCUGGAGUUCCUGGAAACUCGUCCGUGACGACGUCAUCAAACAACUGAAAGAUGCCGUCGCCCAGAACCCCAACUACGAAUUCGUCGUAGUGGGUCAUAGCCUCGGUGCCGCCGUGGCUACCCUUGCCGCCGCUGAUCUCCGAGGCAAAGGAUACCCGUCGGCUAAGCUGUACGCGUAUGCUUCGCCUCGCGUGGCUAAUAAAGCUUUGGCAUCGUACAUCACGGCGCAGGGAAAUAACUACCGGUUCACUCACACCAAUGAUCCGGUCCCUAAGAUGCCAUUGUUGACUAUGGGUUAUGUUCACGUUAGUCCUGAGUACUGGAUCACGUCGCCUAACAAUGCUACUGUUAGCGCUUCUGAUAUUGAGGUUAUUGAGGGAGAUGUCUCCUUUGCCGGAAAUACUGGAACUGGGUUGCCGUUGUUGACGGACUUUGAGGCGCAUAUUUGGUACUUUGUGCAGGUUGAUGCUGGCAAGGGCGAUGGGUUGCCAUUCAAGAGGGUUUAA